CAAAGCAUUUAAUAAUCAGUCAAAUUCUCCUGUUUAGACAGAGGCUGCCAAUAGAAUACCCUCUGAGAGGCAACGUAGGUGUUCGUGUCCCAAAGUUUUAUUUCCUAAAUGUUCCUUCCUUCAAGGGAAGCACACGUUUCUUCAUGUUUUCUGCUCAUUCAGACCAGCCUUGGACAUUCUUAGGUCAAGUCGCAGUUUUUUUCUGUAUUUAAGGAUGGGGAAUAAACUUUACACCGAUCUGGCAUGUGUAAGCCCUGGAAAUCAAGACAAGGUAAACGCUCUGUUCUCUGUCUUGGUUUUCAGAAACAUGAUAAACUGCCCCAAAAGAGUUCAGAAUGAAAUCCCUCAAAGCUCUUUUGAGAAAAUGAGAAGUCGUCACUCCAAUCUGAUAAUGAGUACAAAAGAGCCUUGUGUGGAUAUGAUUCUAAAGGUUAAUCUAUCAGACAUAGUAACUGCAGUUUCUCAGGACUUGUUUAGAAUAUUUGGCUCAACUAAACACUUGCUUCAGGCCGCCAUAGACCGGAAACACACUUUUGAUUCCUGUCUUAUCAAAAGUCUGGAAAAAGACCUGGGACUCAAAAACACAAAACAAGUGAAUGCGUUCGAUUUGAUCAACCCGAUGAAGGAGCCUCCGAACCCCAACGCUGUUUUUCUGGCUCUACUAAUUAGGAAUGUGAUCAACAGCUCCAAGACAGCGGGCAAGUCCCUCCCGUCAGGUUCUCUUCAAACCAUAGUAGAACGUCUGUACCAGUUAAUAACUUUAAAAAACAGGAUAGUCUCUGCCAUCAACAGCGCCUUGGACAGAAUCUCCAGAGAUUUCCUUAACCUGAGUGCUCGGUGGCAGUGGGACUUCCUCCCAACCGUGGUUCAGAGAGAAAACACGACAUUUGGGAACAACCAGGAAGUUGGUAACAAGACUUAAACUGCUCGCCUUGUCUCGCCUCCUCUCCCCUCUC